AUGGCUGAAUCUGGAGUUGCGCACAAAGUCAUUUCUGUUAUCCUCCGUCUCUCGGAGCUUGCCUCUGCUAUAAUCGCUCUGGGAAUUCUCUCACGCAUCACCUAUCUUGUUGGCCUCGCGGAAGCUAGUGUCGAUGGACGCAUUAUCUAUACCAUCGUUGUCGCAUGUCUCGGCAUCAUGUACUCCAUCUUCUUUUGCCCACCAUUCAGGAGCAUGUUCUUAGGCUUCCCAUUCGACUUCCUGCUGUUUGUGAUGUGGCUCGUGGCAUAUUGCUUGCUUCAAACGAAGACAGGUAGUAGCUCUUGCUCUGCACGCUGGUAUUACGACUAUUGGGGCUACUAUUGGGGCCGUUUCUACAAAGUCGGACCCAUUGGGACUGUUUCCAUCAACGGAGCGGGUUGCUCCUCGUGGAGGACAGUACUGGCGUUUUCAUUUAUUGCUUGGUUCCUCCACCUUUUGAGUGGAAUACUUGGUGUCUACGUUUUCCGUACUUAUGUCAAACUCGAUGAGACAAAACGCGACAUCAAGAAUCAUGCGGAGAAGCUCACCAAGUAA